AUGUCGGGCUGCAUGCGGGCGAUUGCCAGCGUGUGGGUUGGGACACUGCGCUGCACCAAACUAUACGAUGACAAGGAGGCGCUCACGGCACACGCCGUCAACAGCCUGAUCACUAGCAUCGAGCAACUCCAGACGCAAGAAUGUGCACUCAACAAGGAGCUCACAGAGAUCACGCAGCAGAUCAAACUAAAGCGGAACCUGGGCGCCAAGGCGCUGAAACCCCUCCUCAUCAAGUCCAAGCAGAAGCGCAUCAAGCUGACGCAGAUUGUGAAGAAGAAGGAGUCCUUCGAGCACCACCUCGACCUGCUCAACAACAAUGAACUGGAUCAGAGCCUCAUCUCUACAGUCAAGCAGACGGCAAACGCCAUGAAGAGCCUUGGGCUGCACAAGCAGGUGGAUGACAUCGACGCGGUCAUGGCAGAUCUAGAGGACACACAGCUGGACAUCAAGGAGGUGACCGACAUGAUGUCCUCACGCAUGGUGAGGGAUGAGGAUAUCGACGACACCGAGCUGCAGGAUGAGCUCGACGAGAUCCUAGGGAUCGACGAGAAGGAGGGGCACAACUUUCUCAUCCGGGAGAGGCCGAGCAGGGUCACCGAGAUGCCAAAACUCACAAGCAGCAUGCAAGAGGAGCAGGAAUUCCCGGCCGUCCCUCUUACCGGAUGA